CCAGCCCCUAAGCUACACUAGCUCACGUCCUUCAGCUCGGUGAGGAAAGCCGGCGAAGCCUGGCGAUGGAAACUGUGUGGAGCGCCCUGUGUCGACGUUUGUGAAUAAAUGCAGCAAAUCACUUGAAUUCGCUUGAGUGUUUCCUUUCUUCUUGCAGUGUGAUCUGUGCAAGAUGGAUAAUCUGAGCGAAUGCCACAGUAGCAAGUCUAUGGGCUUCUUCUACAACAACAGCAACCAGACAAAUGAUGGCUGGGAGUCCAAACAGCUUAUCGCGGUUCAGAGUGUUGGGUCUAUCUUCUGCUGUUUCAUCCUGGUGUCCAACGCCAUGGUCAUCGCCGCCGUCAUCACAAACAAGAGGUUUCACUACCCGUUCUAUUACCUCCUGGCCAACCUCGCAGCCUCAGACUUUCUUGCUGGAAUCGCAUAUGUGUAUCUCAUGUUCAACACUGGUGAAGUGUCCCGGACUUUGACUGUGCAUAGUUACUUCAUUCGCCAGGGCUUGCUGGACACAAGCCUCUCAGCCUCCCUCACAAAUCUCCUGGUGAUUGCCCUGGAGCGCUACAUUUCAGUCAUGAACUGGAAAGUUCACAGUAACCUCACUAAGCAGCGGGUUACCCUCCUGAUCGUGCUGGUGUGGACCAUCUCCAUAUUUAUGGGGACUGUGCCAAGUCUGGGGUGGAACUGUAUCUGUAAUCUAAAGCAGUGCUCCACACUAGCACCCAUUUUCAGCAGAAGCUACCUGAUCUUCUGGUCGGUGUCCAACCUGGUUAUUUUCCUGAUAAUGGUGUCCAUAUAUUUGAGGAUAUAUCUCUAUGUAAGGAAGAAAACGUCUGUUUUAAAAGCCCACACAAGUGGAUCUAUGAAUCGCAAGAGGACACCAAUCAAGCUCAUUAAAACAGUGAUGACUGUGCUGGGAGCAUUUGUGAUCUGCUGGACACCUGGCCUGGUGGUGCUGCUCCUGGAUGGAUUAGAAUGUAAGAAAUGCAACGUACUGAAGUUCAAGCGCUGGUUGCUUCUUCUGGCCGUCCUCAACUCGGUCAUGAACCCCAUCAUCUACUCCUACAAGGAUGAAGAGAUGUGGACCACCUUUAAGAACCUGAUGCGGUGCGUCUGCAAUGGCACCCGCCGUCAGAGGUCAUCCAGGGCUAACACCCGUACUAACAACUCAAGCCCAGAGACAAGUAAUAGUCUGCGACUGUCAGAAGAGAAAAAGACGUCUACUCAGGAUAUGCUGAAGACUUAAGGACUUUGAUUUGUUGCGUGGUUGCAUAUAAGAGCAUGACUGAUUCUUUAUAUAUAACUUUCCUGAACAUUGUAGCAUGGUCAAUGUAGUACAGUAAUCCUACUGGAUCUUCAGACUGAUGUUUCAUAUUAACAUGAAACUUAUCAUUCAGCCUUGUGGGAUUUGUCUGAAAGUAGAGAUCAGUGCAUUUGUAGGGCUGUCCCGAAUACAGUUUUGGGCUCUGGAGCUUCGGGGGUAAUAAACAGCGAAUAUUCGAUGGGGUGAGCGGGUUUGGGUGCAGAAAAGUCAUUCAGAAAAACCGCAUCCGAAGCUUGCUUUGAAAACACAUCUGCAACUUCAACCACUAUAAAAUCUGAAUCUCCACGCUACUUUCCCCACAGCACAGCUUGACAUAGUUUACCAGGCCCGCCAACCUCUUUCAGCAGUGGGCAUGCACAGGUUAACCAGAGCUUUACGGAGGUGGUCUAACUCGAGGGGGAAUACAUUGCAGCCCUAGUAAAUGUACAGUACGGUGUGGCACUGUUUGUAGCCACCCUGGAAUACAUGCUGUUUAGCACCACGUUAGCAUGAUGUUCACUGCUGUGAGUGAGCAGGAUGCCAGGUGCGUCAGCUGAGAUGGUAUAUAUUUCCACAUAUUAACAGUGCAAUUAAAAAGUAUAAACAUUGUAUAAGUGCUGACAGAAUGUAUUGUGGUGUUGCCAUACGGUGUUGCAAGUAGUUCAGUUUUUUAAAAGAGAGUUAAUGUUUCUGUUGGACUAUUUUAGGCUAAUUCAAACAAGGACUUUUAUGUCAGUUAUAUCCACUGAAUAUGAGUAGAGUGGUGGGUUUUCUGGUUCCCAGAAUAGAGCAGAGGGAUGUUUUUUUGCUAGAAAGGCUGUGUUUCUUCUUGGUUGGUGCUGUUUUCAGCAAAUUAAAAAUAAAGCUGCGUUAUGGACCAUGAUCUUGAGUCAACCAAGUUUCUCCACAGAACCGCGAACACUGUAGAACUUUACAGGUUGCCUUUAUUGAUAGCAUAUAUUUAAAAAAAAAGAAUAUCUGAAUAUCAAAAAUCCCAAUAGACCAAUAUUUGAAUAGUUGAAGAUUUGGGUCCAGCCCUAUGCAUUUCUUUCUGUUUUACCUCAAAUGUUUGUUGUUUUUGUUACUGUAACUAUCAGAUUUAUUUUCACAUUUUAUUGAAUAUUUCUGCAAUAUAAUGCAAGCAUUUUGUGCGUGCCUGUUGAUUGCUUUUAUAUCUGUACAGUACUGAAUUUUGACAGAGUUUUAAAUAUUUUAUAUAGCAAGGCACUUUAAAUCAGUCAAUCCUGGUUUCCCAGAGGAUUAAGUCUAGUCUUGUACUAAAUUGUUGUUAGUCAUCAUUGGAAAUGCUUUUAGUUUUGAGGCCUAAUCUGAGCCUGGGAACCUGGCUCUCUGUAACAUAAUCUGAUCUAUAUGUAUUGUUCUUAUUUUAGCAAAAUAAGUCUAGCACUGUACAUAUAUAUGUGUGUGUGUGUGUGUGUGUGUAAGUAUGUAUGUAUGUACAUUGCUGAGCAAAUCAACUCAGUGUUUAGAACCCAGAACUGUGGUUUUACAAUUGUAUUUUAUUUUAAUAAUUUUCUAUAAUAUAGAUACAAAGUUACAAUCAUUUUCGCAGAUGUUGCCUGAGUUCAGUGAGGGGCCUCCAGGAAAAAGCGAUGCUGUACAAGUUACAGCACAUUGUUGACUUAGUUAGGCCUGAUUUUAAAUGGAUGUAAAGACAGUUCAGAUGAAACUACAGAGCAAACACCAGACAGCCCCUACAGUGCUCUGCUCAGUGGAUCAGAUAAGGAGGAGCCGGACAUGGCAGUUCAGAGGUGAAAAUAUGUUCCAGGAGAAAAGUAUGUUAACUUAUCCUUGUACAAAAAAAAGUAUUCCCACAUUACUAUUGCAAAUACUUAAUAUAUUCAAUCUUUCCAGAAAUGGUUAAAAUAUUAAGGUAUCAUAUAGGAUCGAUUUCCCCAACAGGGAUUAAGUUUAAAACAUCAUUCUGAAUGGAGAUUCUCUAUUGAAAGAAAAAUGCAGUCCAGGAUUAGGCAUAAUUCCCAUAGAGUUAUCUUUUUUGUUUAGUAGAAACUGAUUUAGCUUAUUUCUGCUAGUCUCAUCAAGCCGCAGCCAUUAUGUCAUGCUCUGGCAUCUAGAUUUGUGGUUUCACCACUGCCUAGAGAGAGUGUGAAUUGUUGUGCAAACCGCAUAAAAAUGAAGAAGACAAUUAUUCCUGUUGUGACAUUUCUUUACUAAUAGUGUAUUAGUUAAAAAACACUGGAUUUUGCUGUAAUCUGUCCAGUCUAUGUAGAUGUCCUGCAAAUCAUGUGGACAUUACUGCUAACAAAGGAGACAACAACCCAGAGCAAAAUGAAGCAGGCCUGUUGACUCAUUUGCACACACCACUGUAAACCUGUUUCAUCUCUCUCAUUGUUGGACUGAUCUCAAGCACAUUACUUAUUACCCCACUCUGAAGCAAUACUGAGUGACGCAUCAACACACCUGAUAAUUACAACAGGUACUGUAACCGGCUCAUUCUAAGCAUGCCUUUAAAACCUGCAAUGACACAGUUAAAUAUCUGGUACCUGAUGUAGAGAUAGUUGUGGGAAACCACCUUUAGCUGGCUCUGCUUAGAAAGAGCCGAUAUGACACUUCCACAAGAUCUUAAGCAACUGCUCAUGUAAGGCGUGCUGGGCUGUUACUUACACCCCCAUAAACAGGAUGAUUUACACUUCCGGUGAGGAGUAAUUCCAGACAGAUUACUCCUCACUGUAGCAUGAAAGCCAAAGACUGGAAAGAUCUGGCCUUGUCACGUCACCGCUAUAAACAGGAAAUGUAUACAAACCGUGGUACACAUGGACGAGUGCCUUGUUAGAGUAGCUGCGGUUCAUCUGUUGGCUUGAAUACAUCUUGAGAUUUCAAGGUGAACUGGUUCUUUUUGGCAUCAAGUGGACUCAGGAUUUCCUGCACUCAAGAGAUUGUUAAUUGACCACAUUGAGGGCAUAAUUGAGGCAAAAUUGCAUCUGAUUACUGCUGGGUAUAUAGAUAGAAUGACGACUGGAGAAGACGAGUGGAUGGUGGAAAUCUUCGAAAACAAAAACAAAAACAAAACAGCAUUAACAAAAAAAGCCACAGACAGGGACCAACCAAAACAGUAGUUCCAAUGCUUAAUCUUCUGCACGAUUAAAGUCCUGGAAUCAUGGUCUACUUUGAGAAAACAUAGGCAGAGUCUAAUAUGAAAAUUUGUGAUUGUUAUUGUUUAUAAAUACCAGAGUCUGCAACACUUUACUGGAACCUUACCACAUAACGCUGCCAUAACUAUAAAAAUGACAUGGCAGAGUCAUGACAGCUUUUGUUUAGUAAUAUAACAGUGCCACGUAUAAUUAUUGGUAAUGGUAACAUGACACUAUUAUAUUACUGGACAUAAUCUGUCAUGACAACUCAUAGCAACAUAUGACACAUUUAUGGCAUGUUUAUGUCAGUGUUGUUAGCAGGUUCAAGUAAAGCGUUACCAGAUAGUUUUCCCCUGUUUUGCCUUAUCAUCAACCAUCUGAUGAAUAUGAAUAUGUUAUUUACAAGGAGCCCUAGGUAUUUUCUGUAGAUCAGCUGUAUAGUAGAGUUGGAAGUCCUUGAUUUUGGCUUUAAUGGUCCUUAACAUUUAGACGGUCAAAGAAGUCAAAUGUACAUAGUAGCCUGAGUUUAACCUGCUGAACACCACUGUACUAUCUCUAUAAUAAUGGCUGAAUAUCUGGUAGGGAUGGUUUCUAGGAUAUAGAUUAAACCUAGUCUUAGAUUAAACUGUAAUGCCAGAGGUGUUCUACUAUUAAAAAUCCCAUUUGGUCUAAGUUUAGGCUUAACCUAGGUCUUGGAAACAAACCCUGUAGUGUUUAAGUAGCAUUACUGGUUUAAUUCUUUCUACAGUUGUUUAAAUUUGUUAUUUUCAUGCGUCACUUUAAGACCCAUAACACUUUUUUCAGUGGGAUUUGAAAGUUUGUGAUUAGCACUGAAUAUUUAGCUUUUUUAUUAAAUAUAACAUUCUAAUCUUUUGAAUGAAAGAAUCUAUCAGCUGCUCAGUGUUUGUCUGUUGGCUUUCUUGUAGGCUUAAUUCCGACUGUAUCCCUGAUGUAUGGUUCCUUGAUUAUUGCUAUUGCUAUGUAUAAUUCUAGGCCUAUGUGAGUAAAGAAAAAAUAAUAAAAGCAUGCAAAACCUAUAGGUUUGCAAUAUUGCCAUACUCUGACCAAACUGUUUGAAUUCUAAUAAAAAUUGUUCACACACA